ACGCAGCGUGACGUAGCGCGGAUGUCCCAGAAUGCCGCUGUCUGCCAGCGCAGCAGUGAUCAAUGGUCAGGAGAGUCACAUCCACCGGCGAUUAACGCGAUAAACGCCAGAGAUCAGCGACUGAUCGAAGCUCUGCGAGUCCGGGGGAAACCGCUUCACGCGACCGUUCAUGAGUGAAUGAGAUCUGCUGAGAGAAACCAUCAUCUUCAUCAUCAUCACCAUCAUCAGAGCUGAAGACAAACACAAGCAGGGCAGAUGGCGAGUCCCAGAACCAGACGUGUGCUGAAGGAGGUCCGGACUGAAGACGAGAACAAUGUGUGUUUCGAGUGCGGCGCGUUUAACCCGCAGUGGGUCAGCGUGACGUACGGGAUCUGGAUCUGUCUGGAGUGCUCGGGCAAACACAGAGGCCUCGGCGUCCACCUCAGCUUUGUACGAUCUGUUUCGAUGGAUAAGUGGAAGGACCUGGAGCUGGAGAAGAUGAAGAUGGGCGGAAACAGGAAGUUCCGGAUGUUUCUGGAGCUGCAGGACGACUAUGAUCCCAGCUGGAACCUGCAGGAGAAAUACAACAGCAAAGCUGCUGCGCUGUUCAGAGAUAAGGUGGCGACUCUGGCCGAAGGGAAGGAGUGGAGCAUUGAGGACUCGUCUGCCAGGAACUGGACGCCUCCGCAGGCCAAGAGCAGCCUGAGCUCCGCACACCGGUCCAGUGCCGCUGCGGGUCAGAAUCACGGUCACUCUGAUAAAGCGUUUGAGGACUGGCUGUCUGACGAUGUCAACUCUUACCAGAAUGCUGGAGCGUCUGGCGCACAGGAGAAUCGAUAUGUUGGCUUUGGAAACACUCCCAACCCGCCCAAGAAAGACGAAGACUUCAUCAAUAACGCCAUGUCCUCCAUCUACACGGGCUGGAGCUCUUUCACUGUUGGAGCCAGCAAGUUUGCGUCUGUCGCUAAAGACAGUACCACAAAAUUGGCCAGCCAAGCAACUCUGAAGGCUGCUGAAUUGGGCCAGACAUUAAAUGACAGUGUUAUCAAGCCCACACAAGAGAAGAUCCUGAAAUAUAAUCAGGAGUGUUAG